AAACGUUUAACGCUAAUGCUAUAUGCGCGAUGGGUCGGGCAAUCGGGCAAAGAAGUCCAAAGUAACAACCAAACUGAAUGUGGCCUAAUGAAUGAAAUUCUUUCGACACCUUAAAAAUAUUCAAAAUUUCCAAAACGGAGAAAGAAAUGGGGAGAUCAAAAUCUGUUCCAGUUCACAGAAUCGUAUCUAAUUUAUCGCCAUUGUCGCUUCCAUGGCUGGUAAUUCUGAUUCAAAUGCUUUCCCCUGUCACGCCAAUCAGGAAAGACGCGAGUCUUCAAAACAAUCGAAUUUGCAGAACUUCUGUUCAAGGGAGAUACUUGCUCUGUGAUGAUAAUGGUCAUGUAUGUGAUGCAUUUUCAGUUGACCCAAACUCCCGGUGUUGUCCUUUCAAUCAAGAGCAGUUCUCUUGUCAAGGGUGCAAUCUUUUGUUACAAUGUUGCAAUACAUACGAGUUCUGUGUUUCAUGUUGCCUUAAUCCAGUUCGGACUCCGAAGGAAAUGGUGGCGAAUAUGAAAAUAGCUAAGCAUGAAACUGCAGGAACGUACUCAAGUGUUUUUGAUUUUUGUGUUGGGAGGUGUCGUCAUAAUUCAGAAAGCGUGGUUCAUGAGAAUGCAUAUCUGAGUGAUUUUCAUCAUUGUUUCUCUAUAUCAUCUAACUCUUCUGGAGUUACAGACACCCAAAUGGAGACAAGAUUGAUUGGUUUAAAAAUAAUUACUGGAAGGCAGGGAGAAUCAUGUGACUCCGCGUGCAAAUCGAAUGGGCAAUCUUGUGUUCCGAACAAGCUUGCUCUGCUAAAUCAAUGUGAAGUGAUGAAGAAGUACUUUAGCUGCAAAGGAUCAUGCUUGGCUAGUGUUGGAGCAGAUCAACCUGCCGAAGUAGUUGAUGAUGCCCCAAGCCAUCUGAACCCUGGAGCAUGCUUAUACACUGAAAAACAAUCUAUUCUUUCGUGUGAUGGUUUCCAUCAGCAUACAAGGAGGCUCUGUCCUUGUGCAUAGCACCUUUUUCAGCUUUUUUACUGGCCCUUGAAGAAGAUGUUGGAGAUUGAAUCUUCAAAGUGGGAAUUGCUGUUUUUUGUUGGGAAAGAAUUCAUAGUCAUGCUGAUGUUGGAUUCUUUAACACGGCCCAAUCUCACACCAUUGUUCCUCUAAACAAAUAAGAAUAGAUCUCACCAUAUUGUUUGUCCACAGUAUGAGAAAGCUUGGAGUUCCCUUUUCCUAUUUCAUGAUUGAUUGGAAGGGGAAGCUGUUGAAUUCUGUCUCCACUUUUAUAAAAUAUGCAUUGGUUUUCCAGUUCUUUUAGAGAAUACUUUGAUUUUAUCAUUUCUCGUUUAGUUUCAUUUUUCUAGUUAUACAAGUCAUAAAGUUGAAGUCCAACUGCUGAACCAGCUACCUGCUAAAAUCAAUGAUGGAUGCUAAAGUAUAUGAGAUGUUGGAUAUACAAUUCAUACUAAGACAAAGGGGGGAAGUCUUGUAUUUAGGUUUUUUAAAUUCUCUUCAUCGACGUUUCAUCAAAUUUAAUUUAUGUUACAUGGCUUCCUAUGUUUAACAUGUGCAUAAUUUAUCCUUACCAUCCCCUUGCUUCUCUUUUCCAAAAAGGUCGGCCAGAAUCCAUCACCUAUUUUCCCUUCCAAACCUACCAGCUUGGCAUUUGCGUUUGGACUGUUUGACCUGUAAAAAUUCCCAAAAAUGUUAUUUAAAUGAUUGUUGGGGCCUCAAUGACUUCAGUCCUCACUCAUAAGCGUCCUGGAUAUGAACCAUCGUUCAGUAGCUUAAAACACUUUGUUCCAGGCCUGUGCUACCUGUCUUUGAUUUUGUCAGCUCCUCUAUCGUUUUUCUUCCCCUUCUCUUCAUUGAUUUUUCACUUAUGCUUGUAAUUCAAUAGUGUACCGAUACUAAAAGAAUGGAAUGUUAAUAAGAUUUGGAUGCUUCUUUCAUGUACCAUGACUUGAAAAACUUGGAAAAUUAAUGGAAAUACUAAAUGGAGUUGAGUUAUAAAUUGCCUUUUCCCUUCUUUUAUGUCUGUGAAUUCUCUUGUAGUCUAGUUUAAUUGAUAUUAUAGAUUUAAUAGCUAAGAUCUGGUACUGAUUUUUUCUUUUUUUUUUCCUUUCAAAAUGUUCUACAUUGUCUAUCUAGAUAUCAGAGACUUUUAAUCAACCUAUUUUCGGCAUGAAAUAGCUUUAAGCCUGAAGUUUAGCUUCAUAUUUCUUUCGUCCAACCUAAAAGUUGAACAUCAUUUCUUAAUUUACUUGUGUUAUAUUCCCAUUGUAUAACUAGUGAUCUGUUGAUCCGUGCUUAAGUUCAAGUCAAGUAGUAACUGCUAGAAAAGGUAGCUAGAGACAUGCGACAUAGGAGUAAUAUAUUCAAUGCAGUUGAGGCAUCAAUUAGGGUAAAUGUGUAUUUUUUUCAGAUAGUAAGGAGCAUAUAUUAUGUAAUGGGUUACUUAUUGCACUAAAAAUUAGAAUCUUUUUGCCAAUUAAGAGUUAAAUUUUGCAUCUGGCUAGAUGAUGAAUGCAACCACAAUGAAUCUGCAAGGGUCCCAUGUAAUACCUUUUUGUGAUGCAACAACCGUCCCAAGAACAGGGUGUCGUAACGAG